UGUGUUUCUGUCCUAAAUCCACUAGAAAAAGUAAACGUCAACAUUUAGAUAUGUACGGUGAAAAUGAAUCGUAGUGAGGGAUUUGUUAAAAGGAGAAAUGUAACGCGUGAAAACGGUGACAGUGUCAACUCGAAGGAAACAAACAACGAUGAAAAAAAAUCGAUUGAGGAGAGCGAGGAGGGCGAUUCGAAGGAAACGCGUUUGACUUUGAUGGAGGAGGUUUUACUGCUAGGUCUGAAAGAUAAAGAAGGAUACACAUCGUUUUGGAAUGAUAGUAUAUCAAGUGGUUUAAGGGGGUGCAUUUUGGUGGAGUUAGGGUUAAGGGGCCGUGUGGAGUUGGAGAGAGUGGGUAUGCGCAAAAGAAGUCUGCUGGCGAGAAAGUUGAUAUUGAAAUCCGACACACCAAUCGGAGAUGUUCUUCUCGACGAAGCGCUGAAACACAUGAAGGAAACAGAACCCCCGGAAACCGUGCAAAGCUGGAUCGAAUACCUUAGCGGUGAAACAUGGAACCCUCUGAAGCUUCGGUACCAGCUGAAAAACGUCAGGGAACGUCUGGCGAAAAACUUGGUCGAGAAGGGCGUUCUAACAACGGAAAAACAGAAUUUUCUUUUCUUCGAUAUGACCACACACCCUUUGACCGACAAUGUAACCAAAGGUCGGUUAAUCAAGAAGGUGCAAGAUGCUGUUCUAUCGAAAUGGGUUAAUGAUCCUCAACUCAUGGACCGAAGGAUGCUGGCGUUGAUUAUUUUAGCGCACGCCAGCGACGUUCUAGAAAACGCUUUUGCCCCACUCAAUGACGAUGACUACGAAAUUGCCACCAAAAGGGUUAAAAAACUGUUGGACCUUAAUUAUGAAAAUGAAUCCAACAAUCCCAAUAUAUCAGAUGUCUUGUGGGCUGUUUUUGCUGCAUUGGCAAAAUAAUACAUCAAGAAAACUUUGUUCUCAUGAAAACUGUAUCUUAAAAACUAUUAAUCACUGAUUAUUGAAAUUAUUAUAUAUAUAUUUAUAAUUUAGUUAAUCUAGCUAUAUAUAUUCAAAUUAUUCAUUAACAUUAAUACUUUUUGAGAUACAGCCUGCAAUAGGUUUGUCCUAUCUACUGCGCGUGCGCUUUACAUACCUACAGUGCGCUCAUGAGGACUAAUACCGUUUUUUUUUCUGUAAAAUUUCACUAGGGUAUUAAUAUUUUAUACCGUGUUUGUUUUUCAAUAAUUUAGCAGUGCUGUUUCUUUUAAAAUUAUAGUUACUUGAAAUUUUAUACUGUGAUGUAGGCAUUGAAAAUUCA